AAUGUUUAUUAGGCUAACAUCUAAAGGUUAAUUUUUUUCUUUUAAUUUAAUAAACACUUAUUUUAAAUAGAUCCUUAACUUCUUUACACUAUAGAUAAGUAACUACAACUUUGCUGUGUACUCACUGAGGCUCUUUUUAUUUGUAUAUAUAACUGUGAAUGGAGCUCAUCCAURCAAACUAUCCUAGUACCUAAGGGCCCCUUGGGUGAGAGUAAGGAUUAGUUGCUCUCCUCUUUCCUGAACUACUUUUAUUUAUGGCAAUGUAACUGUAGCUACAAGUAUACAAUCCUAGAUUCUGGGCACUUUUCAAAAAUGGGAUUCAUUAAGUUCCACCUAAAUGUAACCUUUUCACCAUCGUUCUCACUAUGCCUAAGUGUCUAGGCUUACCUACCAACCUUAUUGGGGAAACGCUGGAGUUAAGGAUGUGGAGGGCUUUUUCACACCAAGAAACCUCAAUAUUCUGUUUCGGAAGAACUGUCGACUUUGAUGUGUUAUAUUACAGAAACCCGAACUGGGAGGAUUAACCAAAUAGCCCUUGGGUUUAAAAGCAGUUUGAAACCUCUUCUGGUCAGCCAGCUCAGUUCCAAAGUGGUGGGUAGAAAUUUGUCUUUCGUUAAUUCAAUAUGGCCUUCUUGCUGCAGUUCCAAUUUCAAUGUUUCAUCAAGAAAAACCUUCCAUUCCAUUUAGAAAAAUAUUUUAGACUUCUCAGUACAACUAAACCACCUGCCCGCGGCAUUUACAUGCCAUCCAGGUGCACCCUUGCUCAGCAAAGGGACGGAUAAGUGCAGGUGUUUUUGCAAAAACCUAGAUUUCUUUUACCCAGGUACCUUCGGGGUACGUAAGAAAAACUUUAGGUUUUUCAAAAGGGCUGUCAAUUCGUCAGGAUCUUUUUAUUCGGGACGACAAACAGAACUCUACAUCCCCAGAGGAGCGAACGUUUCCCGGCUCCGGCCGCGCCCGGGCUAGUUCCCGCCCCAAGCCCCACCCACCGGGAUUGAGGGUCGCUCUCUGGGUCACUGUAAGGAAGCUCCCGCCCCGCGGAAACUUCCGUCCCUGGAUCCAACGGGCUGCACUCUCCAAAUCCCAGGGGCGGCCCCGGAAGUGACGCAGGGACGCGCCUUCCAUUUUGUGGAACGCCAGAGCUGCUAAGUGCGUCAGUUGUCGAGAGACGUAGACGAGUUAAGUCCUGGUCUGCGGGGAGGCAGACGACUCCGUCGCAGACUACGGACCUCUCUGGGUCUCAGCUGCCAAAGAUCCUGUCCGGUAGGUGAGUGGCUCACUUUGAGGGCAAGGCUUCUCGGAUCGAGGCUUCUUCAUGGCCGCUCAGGUCGCGAGUGGCUGGGGCUGCUCUCUUUGCGGAGGACGGCGUCUAAUGAGCGCAGUUGAUUGAGGAAAUACUAGCCGGACAUCAUGAGUGGCUGUCGAGUGUUCAUCGGGAGGCUAAACCCAGCGGCCAGGGAGAAAGAUGUGGAAAGAUUCUUCAAGGGUUAUGGACGGAUCAGAGAUAUUGAUCUGAAAAGAGGUUUUGGUUUUGUGGAAUUUGAGGAUCCCAGGGAUGCAGAUGAUGCUGUAUAUGAACUUGAUGGGAAAGAACUUUGCAGUGAAAGGGUUACUAUUGAACAUGCUAGGGCACGAUCCCGAGGUGGAAGAGGUAGAGGACGCUACUCUGACCGUUUUAGUAGUCGCAGACCUCGAAAUGAUAGACGAAAUGCUCCACCUGUAAGAACAGAAAAUCGACUUAUAGUUGAGAAUUUAUCCUCAAGAGUCAGCUGGCAGGAUCUCAAAGAUUUCAUGAGACAAGCUGGGGAAGUAACCUUUGCGGAUGCACAUCGACCUAAAUUAAAUGAAGGGGUGGUUGAAUUUGCCUCUUAUGGUGAUUUAAAGAAUGCUAUUGAAAAACUUUCUGGAAAGGAAAUAAAUGGGAGAAAAAUCAAAUUAAUUGAAGGCAGCAAAAGGCACAGUAGGUCAAGAAGCAGGUCUCGAUCAAGGACCAGGAGUUCCUCUAGGUCACGGAGCCGAUCUCGUUCCCGUAGUCGCAAGUCUUACAGCCGGUCAAGAAGCAGGAGCCGGAGCAGGAGCAAGUCCCGUUCAGUUAGUAGGUCUCCUGUGCCUGAGAAGAGCCAGAAACGUGGUUCUUCAAGUAGAUCUAAGUCUCCAGCAUCUGUGGAUCGCCAGAGGUCCAGGUCCAGGUCCAGGUCCAGAUCAGUUGACAGUGGCAAUUAAACUGUAAAUAACUUGCCCUGGGGGCCUUUUUUUUAAAAAAACAAACAAACAAAAAAAACACAAAUUCCCAAACCAUACUUGCUAAAAAUUCUGGUAAGUAUGUGCUUUUCUGUGGGGGUGGGAUUUGGAGGGRGGUUGGGCUGGGCUGGAUAUCUUUGUAGAUGUGGACCACCAAGGGGUUGUUGAAAACUAAUUGUAUUAAAUGUCUUUUGAUAAGC